AAACACUAUACUCUUAAAACGCAUUCAGGAAGAGUUUUACAGAUGUAUCAACUCACUUAAAGUUACUCAAUCAAGAUAAUUCAGGUAGCAAAACAUGGAGAAAAACUCAUCCAGGAAAGAGUUUAUAGAGGUCAUCAGUGUCCUACAGGCCUUAUUUACAUUCCUCUUCAUGGGAUUGACAUGUCUUCUCUUGAUGACAUACCUUAUGUUUACAUCUCUCUGGAUUAUCCCAGCACUGUACUUUUCCUGGGAAGUCUUGGACUGGCACACACCAGAACAAGGGGGCAGAAGAACUGCAUUUGUGCGAAACUUUCGAGUGUGGAAACACAUGAGAAAUUAUUUCCCUGUGAAGUUGGUGAAGACAGCUGAGCUGAGCCCAAGUAAGAACUACAUCCUGGGGUGCCACCCCCAUGGGAUCGUGUGUUGUGGAGCUUUCACCUGUUUUGGUACAGAGGCCUGUGGCUUCAAGGAGGCUUUCCCAGGAGUGACCUCCUGUCUGGCCACCCUGGGGGGACUCUUCCGGAUACCACUGUUCAGGGACUAUCUCAUGGCCUUAGGCCUUUAUCCAGUAAGCAAGCCAAGUAUUGAGCACCUGUUGACAAAGAGUGGAACUGGGAAUGCAGUGGUCAUCGUCGUCGGUGGUGCAGAAGAGUCCCUCACCUCCUCUCCAGGAGUCAACACUGUAGUCAUGAAGAACAGGAAGGGCUUUGUCAAGCUGGCGCUUGAGUAUGGAGCUGACCUGGUGCCAGUGUACUCGUUCGGGGAGAACGACCUCUUUAGGCAAGUAAAGUUUUCCGAGGGCAGCCUGGGCCACUGGUUUCAGACCAUCUUUAAGAAGGUCAUGGGCUUCGCCCCGUGCCUCUUCAAGGGGGAGCGCUGGCUACUGAUGCCCUACAGGAGUCCCGUCUUCACCGUCGUGGGAAGUCCCAUCUCAGUGCCCAAGGUACCGUCUCCCUCUCAGGAACAGGUUGAUCACUAUCACCAGCUUUAUAUGGAAGGCUUAACCAAACUCUUCCACAAGCACAAGACUAGCUGUGGUCUGGAGGAAACCCAGCAGAUCUGCAUCACUUAAAUGCUGUUGCAUUCCGGAAUGAGACCGAGACCAAGCCAAAGACAUUCCCAAAAGAUAAGUGCCUGUUUAAGCAUCCACACAGGAUGAUUGAUUAUUUGUGUUAUUUUGUUGAAAUGGUGCAUAAAAAUGUUGUUUUUGUUUACCAAUUGUAUAAAAUGUUUAAAGAUCAUUAAUUUAUGAUAUUCAAUUAGUCUUGUUAGAUUUGGAAGAAUAUAAAGAUGGUGUCUGAUUUUAUUACUAUGUUGUGGUUCUGCAUUGCUCUUUUAUUCAUGCGAUGUAUGGUUGAUUAUGUAUGUAGGAUGAUGUAUGGUUGAUUUUCAUAUAGAUGGCAAAGAAAUAUAACCUGACUCCGCCAGAUGGAUUUGCUCCGCAUAUCUGGGAACUUUUCAUUGAUGAACUUUUGGGAAGGGGCGGAAAUACUGGAUAGCUGAUUGGAUAAACCAUCUGUCUAUCACCACCUUUGUUGG